AUGGCUAGCCAGGCGGGCCCCCGCCUCCGAGGCGGGGCUCACCGCCGGGAGUGGUCUGCGGCGGCGUCUCGACCCGAUUUCGGAAACCUGCGUCGUGGAUCGGGCCGGCGGACAGGUCCCCCGGCUUCUGCGCCUACUCCGCGUCGCUCUUCACCCUCCGCGUUGGCUCCGGGCUCCAUUGCCUUCUGCCUGGGCCUGUCCCACACCGGCUUCCCCAGCAAGAUCCCCUCACACACCCACCUCCGCGCACCCAGUGUCUCUCCCCCCACCCCAGGAGCCGACAGGGGUUCCCACGUCCUCCCAUCGCGUCCAUCAUUGUCCUCACCACUCCUGUUUCUGAUCCAACGUGAGCGCUGGCUUUUCCGUGCUCACUUCUACCACCAUCCUCCUCCCACCCCGUCCUUCCAAGUCUCAAGACUUCCCCAGUGCCCAGCUCGCCCCCGAGGGUUGCCCCUUCGCAAUUCUCACCCCCACUCCAGGCUCAAGUCACUGACUCCUGGAGCCUGUGCAUAUUCUCUUCCCUCCCUCGGAAUGCCCUUCCUUGGCUUUGAGAGUAACUCUUUCCUGGUCUUUCCUGACAGUUCUGGGCAGCACACAGUACAACGUCUGGGGGCCCAUAGC